UGUCAUUCCCACUUACAGUCUUGACUGGCCGGAUCCGGUGGAUGAGCUGUUUUCUUACUGCGAUCGAAAUCAUUUUCGGGCGACUCCGAUUGCUGUGCGCCAGUGCAGUGAGAUCGCUGCCUUCGCUGAGAGCCAAUACUAAUACUGGUGUCACGUUACAAGAGCGACACGCUUAGCCUGCUACUCUUGCGAGCCAAAGGCAAGAAACUGGAGGGAAGGGCGUGCAUUGAGCGAAUUGCGCCAACAUUGCCAAGAUUAGAAGCGAUUAGGUUCAUCGAUAGACUUACACUAGUUACAACAGUACCUUGUACUCGUUUGGAAUAGAACUCAGAAGGAGAAGAAAGGGAGACGUUGACACGACUUAGACUACGGCGAGGAUGGUUGUGAAGCGGAAUACCACCGCGGUACAGUGCGGUAGCCUGCUGGUGGUGGUGAUUGUGACGGUUCUUACUGCCGACCAUCGUGUUGCCGGUCAAGUUAGCUUUACACCUCCCAUACCGUUGCCAACCAUCACGUACCCACCCGGUACUUGUGGCCCCAGUCAAUACAACUGCUCAAUUACUCCUCGGCCGGGACAGAUUUGCUUCUGUGAUCCUGAUUGCUUAGACCGAACUCCCCCGGAUUGCUGCAUGGAUUUCUACACGUGCCUUGGCUUCUGCUCGCAAUACCAGACAUGCGAUGCAGUCGCGCCUGUGCCAGGUCAGAAGUGUCAGUGCUUUGCUGGUUGUACGAACAAUGCUGAUGGCGGCCCCAAUGAGUGCUGUGCCGACCAGGCGGAUGUGUGCGGAGAGAACGCUACUCUCCCCGUGCCCACCGUCACAUCGACGUGCGAUUCCAUUGGCUGCGGGAACAGCAGCUCGAACUGCAGCUGCAGUGUUGGCUGUAUGCAGAACAGCAGUUGCUGUAUCGACUUCUCAGUCCGUUGCGCCGCGCUGAUACCCACUACGAUAGUGACCACAGUUGUGGUCACCACUCAGCCGCCAGUUCAGAACUGCACUGCACUGGCGUUGCGGAAUGCGUGCGAGUCGCGCAUUCCCGGCUACGCUUGCUACUGCAACCAGGAGUGUGCCAAAACAAACACAUGCUGCCCGUCAUACAAUCAAUCGCCGUGCAAGCCAGUUCCGCUACCACUCAAUAACUGCACCGCAGCAGGCCUGGCCAACAGGUGCGCGUUUAACGAUUCGUUCUCAUGCCAGUGUGAUCCUGGAUGCGAGAGUGCCAUUGGAAACUCGGCCUGCUGCCCGGGCUAUCGUAACUCCACGUGCGUCCCUACCGUGCCAACAAUGCCGCCCACCACACCCAUGAAGACGCUGUGUGUGAACGAGGGCUGUAUGUUCAGUGACACAAUGGCCCCGUGCAGGUGUGACAGCGCUUGCAAAACCAACAACGACUGCUGCGAUGACUACGAUGCGGUGUGUGUGGCAGUAAUACCACCUCCACCACGUCCCUGGUGCGCUGAUCGCACCGUUUCUGAACAGUGCUUGUUCGUAAAGGACAACAGCUCCUUACGUUGCCAAUGCGAUCCUACUUGUCACUUGUUCACUGUUGAACCGGAUAAAUGUUGUCCAGACUACGUUUCCUUGUGCACAAAUCCAACUGCAAGUCCAGCACCGAAUGCCACUAAUCAAACGAUGACAUCAUCAACAGUUGGUAGUACAACCACCGGCAACCUGGUUACCAGGGCAACCACUGCACUUCCUACAAUGGUGCCGCCACCAUCAACAUCCUCACAGGCGACAACAACUUCACCACCCACAACACCUUCACAACCCACAACAGCCACCCUUACUUCUCCAGCCGCAAUGACCUCCACAGUCACCAACUCUGUCCCACCAACAACGAUAUCAUCAUCACAGACAGCUACAACUGGAGUAGUAUCUAUCCCAGUAACUCCUGCUGCAAGCACCGCUACCUCAACACCUUUUGCUUCAGCAACAGCUGCUCCAACAAUACCGGGUCAAAUGACUCCAGCUCAGACAACCAGUUCCGGUGUAACCAGUCCUGCAUCAACUGCAGCAUCCACAACAACUGCUGCUACAACUACUGCUGCUACAACUGCUGCUCCAACAACUGGUGCUCCAACAACUGGUACUACUACAACGGGUGCUUCAACAACUGGUGCUGCUACAACUGGUGCUGCUGCUACAACUGGUGCUCCAACAACUGCCGCUCAAACAACUGCUGCUCCAACAACUGGUGCUCCAACAACUGGUGCUCCAACAACUGCUGCUGCUACAACUGGUGCUCAAACAACUUCUGCUGCUACAACUGGUGCUGCAACAACUGGUGCUGCUACAACCGCUGCUCCAACAACCGGUGCUCCAACAACUUCUGCUGCUACAACUGCUGUUUCUACAACUGCUGCUGCUACAACUGCUGCUGCUACAACUGCUGCUGCUACAACUGCUGCUCCAACAACUUCUGCUGCUACAACUGGUGCUGCUACAACUGCUGUUCCAGCAACUGGUGCUCCAACAACUUCUGCUGCUACAACUGGCGCUGCUACAACUGCUGUUCCAGCAACUGGUGCUCCAACAACUUCUGCUGCUACAACUGGCGCUGCUACAACUGCUGUUCCAGCAACUGGUGCUCCAACAACUUCUGCUGCUACAACUGGUGCUGCUACAACUGCUGUUCCAGCAACUGGUGCUCCAUCAACAUCUGCUGCUACAACUGGUGCUGCUACAACUGCUCUUCCAGCAACUGGUGCUCCAACAACUGGUGCUGCUACAACUGCUCUUCCAGCAACUGGUGCUCCAACAACUGCUGCUGCUACAACUGCUGCUGCUACAACUGCUGCUCCAACAACUGCUGCUCAAACAACUGCUGCUCCAACAACUGCUGCUCAAACAACUGCUGCUCCAACAACUGCUGCUGCUGCUACAACUGGUGCUGCAACAACUGCUGCUCCAACAACUGGUGCUCAAACAACUUCUGCUGCUACAACUUCUGCUGCUACAACUGCUGCUGCUACAACUGCUGCUGCUACAACUGCUGCUCAAACAACUUCUGCUGCUACAACUGCUGCUCCAACAACCGGUGCUCAAACAACUGGUGCUCAAACAACUUCUGCUGCUACAACUGCUGCUGCUACAACAGCUGCUGCUACAACUGCUGCUCCAACAACUUCUGCUGCUACAACUGGUGCUGCUACAACUGCUGUUCCAGCAACUGGUGCUCCAACAACUUCUGCUGCUACAACUGGCGCUGCUACAACUGCUGUUCCAGCAACUGGUGCUCCAACAACUUCUGCUGCUACAACUGGCGCUGCUACAACUGCUGUUCCAGCAACUGGUGCUCCAACAACAUAUGCUGCUACAACUGGUGCUGCUACAACUGCUGUUCCAGCAACUGGUGCUCCAACAACUGCUGCUGCUACAACUGCUGCUGCAUCCACAGGCACCAACACACAGCCUCCAGUCAGCAGUGGCACGGACCAGCAAACGCCCACCUCAACACCUGCUACGGUCAACCAGGCAAGCAGCAGCCCUACACCAUCCCGGCAAGCUUUGUCUACAUCAGCCCGGCCGGGGAAAGACAACACACAGACACAGCCCGGCCGUGUAUCCUCUGCUAGUUCCACUCCGCCGCGUACAGCCACUGCACCACCCGUUACCUCACCUAUCAUCAUCUCUAUAUCAGCUAAAGAUUUGAUGGAGGAUGAGAGUGAGAACAGCGUUGAACUUCGCUUUUUAAAUGUCACUAGAGAUCAGUGGUUCUCCAGCUAUGAUGUGAAGUUUCGCGCCGCCAUUAUUGAACGAAUUGUCCAGCCGGCGAAUCAGCGGAGAAGACGCCAGUCCACAACAAACACUCCAACCGUUGUGUACGUCUCUCCCUCGCCCAGGGCAGAGAACGGCGAUCUUCAGGUUGUCUUCUUCGUCCGACAAAGCACUGGGAAGGCAUACAACGGCACAGCUCUUACAGAUAUCAUUGAAGCUGACCAGACACAGCUAAAUCAACAGAUUGGUGCAACCAUUGUACCUGGCUCGGUCCAGACGGGCGUGCCCGAUGAUCUCACCAAUCCACCACCUGAAGACAGCAGCAGCAACAUCGGCGGAAUAGUCGGCGGUACCGUCGGCGGUGCGUUUGGAGGUAUCAUGUUUAUAGGUCUUCUUGUCUACUUGUACAAGCGGCGGUCCUCCCACCGUAUGCUUGUUAUAUCGACUACCAGCUACAAACAGCACGAGGCCAGCGGAGGUAGUAGUACCCGUAUGAAGCGCCUGGGAUCAAUGGGAGAAAAGGGACGAGGCAAUCAAUCCUAUCUGGAAAUCGAAGGCGAUGAUGCUGAAGUUGGCGCUGAUGUGGGAUACGACCAGACGCUGCAGUUUGACGGCAAACGAGCAAAAAAGGAAAGCUUCAAGCUCUGAUUGAACGCGUAACUCCGUACUGUUAGGGUUGAGCCAUGUUGGUAUUAGUCAAUGGCUAAUGAUGUUUGCCUGGCCUAGGCGGUGGAUCAUUGCCGCUGCUUCAUUGCCAUUGGGCUGGAGCAGCAUGAUUGAUGUUUGGAUCCCGGCACUAUUGCAGUUGAAUCAUCUAAAACAGUCCAAGCCAAAGUUCACCCUGUAUCAUGGGAUGCCAACAUGCAUGGGCUGGGACUUUGCAUCUGAGUGCUCCUGCAAGUCACUCUAGUAAUUUUUUAGGUGUUUUAAAACUCACAGUGCCUAGCAUUGAAUCCUUACGAAUGCCCUGGCGAUUGCAUGACAGACAUUUCACUUGACUCAUUUGCUUUCUGCAAAAUUCGGCUACACCCGCUUAUACUGAGUUACUGGCCUCCGAGGGACGCUUUCGUAGACUUGCCAGUGCUUGGUGAUCUACUACUACUGGAUUACUGUCUGCAUCUGUGGGCACAUGUGUUCGCAUUGUUUUUUUCUGAAGUUUUAUUUUAUUCAAGUGACUAGUUUUGCAAGCAGCAAUGUAAAGUGGACACUCAUUUCAAAUGUUCGCUGCAUCAAACAUGCACGGCGUGUGCAUUGGAUUUGCCAUGACUAUGAUUGUGUUCGGCGUGCAAAGCAAUUUGAUUGGCAGGACCAUGACAUCAUUUUGCCGUGGUAUUUUAUUCACGGCCCAUUUACAAAAGAUUUUUUAGAGGACACUAUCUUCAAAUUGGUCUCUGGAAGCAUAGUUCUGCUACUAGUCAGGCACCCUAGUCCUUAGUUUAGGCAAAAUGCCUUUGAAUUACUCUAAGAGCAAGACUCGUCCAUGG